UGACGGGUCCUGUAGAUAAUAACACACCUGCUGUAACCCUGACUACCCGACACCUUUACGGUCGUUAUUGUUAUUACCGAGCGUAACAUCGCGAUGUGUCAGCCUGCAGCUCGGUGUGAAUGAAAGGAGGGAGGAGCUGCUCUAUAGAUCCGGUUCUUUCUGCUGAUCUCCUGUGGACCAAAGAAUGCCAUCCCUGUCGGAGGACCUGCAGGAGGUGCGGAGUCGGGCUGAAGUGUGUCUGUACUCUGGUGGCAGGGUGGUGGAGGUGCGAGCCGGGGUGAUGGCUAUGGCUAAUCUGUCCUUACCCCCCUGCUCCAAAUACCGGCACAUCGCUGCAGAGACCAUGGUUACAGAGAACAGCUUCGGCAGCAACAGGAAGGAGACCCUUGCUUCUCUCCAGAGACUGUCGACUGCUUUGAACAUCCUGGAGAAGUACGGCUGUAACUUAACGAAUCCCAACAGGCCGAAAUACUGGAGGACGGUGAAACACAACAACCCAGUGUUCAGGGCCACCGUCGAUGCGAUUCAGGGAGGACGAGCAGUGCUCUGUCUCUAUGGUUACUCCAAUCAGCAGGCCGAUGGGCUCAGCUUCCCUGAUGAUGUCACAGACCCGGAUGUGGGCCGAGUUGCUGCAGUGACCCUGGAAGUGAUGAGUCUGAGGAUCGAGCUAGAAAUGCUUAUUAAGGAGACUCACCCACACCCUGAGUUCUACGAGAGAAUCAUACCUACACUCAGACAUAAGGAUGUCGGUCUGAACACUGACGCUGUGAUCUUCCAGUCCUCCUCGUCUUCGGGACAUUCAAAGGGUCAGACCAAGUCUCUGGCCUUCCCCCUCCACCAUCACUCCUCCAGGAAGAGCAGCCACUCCCUGUCCAUCCAGGUCUCCUCCACCUCCUCCAACAAACACCCCGGUUAGAGCAUGUCAUGUUUGUUUGUAUUGGGACAGGUAUGAAGCGAGUAAACUGAUGCCAGACACUACAACAUUUAUAGCCUAAGCUAAUUUG